UCCCUAAAAUCUCGGCCUAUAAUCUCCUCCUAAUACCUGUAAGAUACUCCAUAUCUUCUUUCAACACUAUAAACCUAAGUUUUUAUUAAGAAAUAAACUUAGGAGCAGAUGGAUACCCAAACUCUCUAUCUUCCUAAAGAAAUGAUCGAAGAAAUACUAUCAAAUCUUCCCGUUAAACCACUCUUGAGAUUCAGGUGCGUUUCGAAAUCAUGGUGCUGUUUAAUCGGCAGCAACCAAUUCAUCAAAACCCAUCUCCAGAAAUCAAAACCAAGUCAUGAGCGUUGGCAAAGCAUCUUCAUGUCCGAUUCCAAAAACCCUAACCAUCGGUUAAACCGAUGCCCUCGUGAUGAUCUGAUUCCCAUAGAUGAUCCGAUUAACCAUCAUCUCAUCCCCGGCAGUAAAUUUGUGGGUCAUAUCAAUGGGUUGGUGUGUAUUCGCAAUUUACCAGCUUUAUUCUUUUUGUGGAACCCAACCACUAGAAUCUCCAUCCAAUUAACCAAACCAGACUGUGAGCUUGAAUGUAUCGUGAAAUCAGGGUUUGGUUGGGAUCCCCAAAGUGAUGCAUACAAGGUGUUCGCUGUUUUGUCUAAAAAGAAAACAAGGAUGAGUAAGAUUUACAGCAGCAAAACAAAUUCAUGGAAAACAGUAGAGCAGCACGGGAGUCUUGAUUUGGUUGAUGUGGAUGGGGAGUUUUCUUGUGGGAGGAUCUGCUGGCUUGAGAGAAAUGGAUGGAUUGAAACAUUCGACUUGAGGAGUGAGGUGUUUGGGAGGAUAGAGCUUCACUGGAAACAAAUGGCUGGCGAUCACCUCUGGUUGAAGUCGUGGAUUCAAUACGACCUUUGUGUGGUGUACUAUGAUUCAGACAAGAAAAUGAAGAAAGUUUGGCUGCUAUUGCCUCUACAUGGAGAGAAGCAGGCUUGGUUUGAAUUGGAUACGCGCGGUGCUUGCAUUCCUUAUUCUAAUUCGAAGACUUGUUACUGUGUUGAGAGUUUAGUGCCACCAGUUUCUCAGAAGAGUGCUUGAAGAAUAUGGUUAUGGUAUUAGUUAGUUUUAUGCUUUCUACGUUUUGUUUUGUUUUUUGGUUAAUUAUAAAUUUUACGAACUAAGUUUGUUGAUUUAAGUUUGUUUACAUGAACAAACUUAUCUUGAUGAUUUAAGUUUGUUUACCUUGGUGGUUUAUUUCCA